GUCGUGAUUUUUUUUCUCUCGUUUUGUAUUUAUAUAUGACCGUAAAAAAAUUAAAAAAUAAUAAAACAUUUCAUUUUGACAAAUAAAACGUCCUUUGGAGCAGUUCCUUUGAAAAAACUACAAUCAGUUUGGGCACGUGUGUAUGGACGGUUGGUGUGGUUGUGAUGGUGUGCGUGAUAUAUCCAUAAACAAAGCAACUAAAAAUAGACUGAAUGGAAAACACGUAAAAAAAGCAUUCACACAAACAGUUUAGUUUCUCGCUCGUUUGUGCUCUGUCAUUGAUGUGAUCGCAUUUUUUUUUUUCUGAAUAAAAAAAUUUGGCAUUUUUAUCAUCAAAGUUACUAAAACAGCUGAUAAGAAAUUAAAAAAAAAAUUGUCAUUUAGACAGUUUGGCGACUAGUGGAAAAUCGGAUUAUCUCUUACUAUAUAUACCAACAAAAAAGUUGCUACGGAUUUAGAACGAGAGACGAGCGUGAAAAGCGAAAGGGAGAGAGAGCAAAGAUCGAUUUUUUUUGGGCGAAUCGCAAUAAUUCGGACAUCGGUAAAACAUGGUGGACGCCAGUUUAUCGUAUGAAAUUCUAAUGUAUCUCGACUCAUUCUAUUUUGGUUUAUUGGCUCUUGUCGAGUUGGGUGUAUUCUCUUACAAAAUGGUGAAGCUGGGUCAUCGUUAUAAUGCAACAUGGAUAAUGUGGGACGUCGGAUUUUUAUUGGGAACACUGUUCCUCGAGACAAUACGUAUCAUUUUGGGAAGACAAGGUUCACUGAGUAAACAUAGUUGGCAGGUGAUUGUGUCGGUGAUACUAAUAUUUCCAUGUAUGGCUGGCAUUUGGUACCUGAUCUACAUUCAGAAAACUAACAUUUAUUUGGAAAUCGUCUUAUGCUCUUUGGAACUUUUGCUACAGUGCGUUCAACUUUUUUAUGCAGCGAUAUUCUCAGUUACUGCAUGUCAAAAUCGUAACUCAUAUUACUAAUAUUUGGACUAUGACAUCAAAACAAACAAAAAUUUAACAUUUAACUCUAGUCAGUUAAGUUUCGAUGCUUGUAGCCAAAACUCUAAUAAUUAUUGUUCUCAUUUUAUACACAACUACAAGAUAACGCGGAUAAGUUCGCUCUAUUUCUGCAAGGCAUUUCUAUUUUUCGACUACAUUUAUAUAUU